GUUUUUUUAGCUCUUUGCCGCUGUGCGGGUGUAGAAAUCCCGCUCUUAUUAUCCACAUCGCAGCAGACGCAUCUCGUUACUGUUCUGCGCACGACUUUGCCUUUCCUUCGCAUCUCUAUGGCUACAGUGCCCGCAGUCCAAGAGGCUCCAAAGGCGCGGCCGACGCACUGUCCGCCGACGAGGCCGAAGACGAAGCGCCCGCGCACGCUCGCCGACGUGCCGCAGGCUGUGCUACACAAAGAGAUUUUCAGGUUCGACGCGCUCCAAAGGGAGAACGAACACCUACGGUCCGAGGUCGCGCGCCUCCGCAAAAUACUAACCCAACCCUACUACGAAGCCUCGUUGGAGCUCAUCAAGCGCCAAGCAGCAAUGGGCCAGAUAGAGGCCGACCUCUUCACCGACGACCUCGUAGAAGCCUAUGCGGACAGCGACGAACCGCUGACGCUGGCGGAUCAAUGGCCGCAGCUGACGACGGAGGACAAGUGUUCCAUCGUGCCGCAGCUCGUCGCCCGGGGGUUUUGCGUGGAGACGCUCGUUGGAGCCAACGUGGCCGCCCCGAUUUCCGUGUAUUUUAAAUACGAAUGGGACGACGCGGACCGGGCUGGGAGCGGCAAGAUGCACCGUUUCCAUGCGCCGCCGACGCCGCGCUUCAAGGUCGGGGACGCGAUCCUCUGCAAGACGGGGCCCGCGGCGGACGCGUGGGAGCCAGGCAGCAUCGUCAAGAUCGGUUGGGCGGAAUCGGUGUUGGAGCUCGAGAAGGAUUACGUGGCCGCGUACCAGAUACAGCUCGCCAAUUCGGAGGAUCUGGUAUAUGCGCCGAACGACACCGACGAGUAUGUCCGCCCUUAUGUCGACUCACCCCCCGCGAAGAGACGGAAGCUAGACAAGUAGUAAGUUUUGUGAUUGA